AUGAGCAAUUGCUUCUUCCCCGCUGGCACUGAACGCUUCCUACCAUUGGUCAUCGACACUGGAAACGAGGAGUUUUUGGAACUAUUCCUCAAAUAUCUAAAGGUCAAUGAUAUAGCCGAGACCAACAAUGCCAUCAAGAACUACUGCAAGUUCAAGAGACCUGGAAUACCUAUUAACAUGCUCAGGGUAUUGCGAUUGGAUUAUAAAUAUCUGAAUGGAUUGACCAAUAUCUGGCAGGCUGCACUGGUGCACUCGACAAAGUCCAACAUGUUAGAUAGUGUUCAAUACCUUCUUGACCACAUGCCAUUGAAAGAGAUGCAUCCGAGACAAUACAAUGAGCUGAUGGCCAAGUGUAUUGUUCGAUGUGCAAAGGAUGACAAUGUAAACAUCUUCAAAGCAUUGAUCAAGUCAGCAGGUGAUAAGUACAUUUUGAAUAAGAACUACAAUGAUAUCAUUGACAUUGCUGCAGAUCGUGGACAUGCCUCAUUCAUCAAGUACCUAGGCAGAUACUAUACAGAUAAAUACGGGUGCAGAGUAAGCAAGGCAAGUGUGAGGAAGUUGAACUACCUCUUGUUGAAGCCUAAUUUCAAUUGGGGACCAUUGGACUCAGUGAUUGAGUGGCUAAGAACUGAACUCCGAGUAACUCCAAAGGCAGCCAUUCGAAAGAAUGAUAUCGCGGAGCUCGAGACCAUCACCUCCCCUCGUCCCUAUUCUUUGGAGUUGGACCUCAAGAUAUAUCUUCAGAUGUCGCAGUCAAUGGCAUUGUUCAUAUCUCAGAGUAAUGGUCCACACACCCAAACUUAUAUGAUGCGAUUCCACGGCAAGUCACUGGUCAACAUGAUCAAAGCCAUUGGCAAGCCUGGCAGCAAUAUCACCGCCCACAUUGCCUGCCAAUUCAUUGCCAACUGUAACCAUAGUAUUGUUAUUGGUGAUCUCCCCAGAGCAAUGAGUCUGGCAGCCAGUCGCUCUGCCGAUGUCAUGAAGCAACUAACAGUUAAGUUUGCUGCCGAGUAUGAAGUCAGGUAUCUUAUCAAGGCUUUGAAAAAGGGAUGCCGCGAGACUCAAAAACUGAUCAUUGAUCAAUUUGAACAGCGACACUUUGAAACAAGCAAUAUCAAAUAUGCCGCUUUCAAUCAGAUUGCAAUAGCUUCAUUGGAGGACGUGACUUUCAUUCUGGAUCACCUGGAUUGUGUGAGAGACGAUCAGAAUAUCCUGGUUUGGGCGGUGUCCAAUCCACAUUUGGAAGUAUUUGAACAUGUAAUCAAUCUAUUCCCUCCCCUGAUGAUCUAUCACAGCAUGUUGAUCAAUAUCAUUGAUCGUGCACUAUUAUGUUACAAGCCCAAAAUCAUUGAGAUGAUCAGACUACGAUUCGAAACACCUUAUUUGGCAUCCAACAAGACAUUCACUUUGUAUAGACCAACCAUCACGACAUUGGUAUCCCUGGCUCACGACCAAACCGCUCCUUCACUAGAGUACCACUUCAAGUCAUCGAUAUUCACCAAUAUACCAGUUAUCGAACGAUUGAGAAUACUCAACUUCUUACUCCAUUCUGGAUUCAUGCACAUGGCACCCAAGGUCAUCAAACUAUGCACGGAUCAUAUCAAGGCACUCUCUAUCGAUCAUCAACAACAAAUGUUCCAGGCCAUUGGACUAAAGGACGAAGUUCUUGAGGUUCCACAGGCUUCAACAAAGUUGGAGAGAGCAUUCCAUUUGGUGUUCAAAGACAGGAAGACUGGAAUGCAUAUCAUGGAUAGAGUUGGAACAGUUCACAAAUUACUUGGAAUCAACACUGAGUAUCUUAUCAAGGGUGCAAAGUUGAUUGACAAUCACAAUUUGUUUGAUUACAUCAAAUAUGGUGCGACCGAAUGGUUCCUUGAAGCAUACUCCAAGUUCAAAUUCUCAACCAUCUCUGGUUACAACAACGUACUUCUGGCCGAAGCGUUCAAUCGUUGCAACACACAAGUAGUCGACUUACUCAUGAACAAUCCAUUAAUGGGUCUAGACCACACCAUGAAUGGACUGCUCUCAAUUGAAUUUGUCCAGAAUACAUACCAACACAUUGGAGUGUGA